AUGGCCCGCGCCCCGAGUGGCGUGUCCGUCGCGGAGGUGAAGCCCAACCGCCCGCCCACGGUCUUCGAGUCGAGGCUGUAUGCCGUGUGCAAGAGCAUCCCCGAGGGCAAGGUGUCCACCUAUGGUGCCAUGGCCGCCGUCCUGAAGAGCGCUCCUCGGGCAGUGGGCCAGGCCCUGCGUCGGAACCCCUACGCCCCCGCGGUGCCGUGCCACCGUGUCAUCGCCGCCAGCCUGGAACUGGGAGGGUUCAGCGGGCAGUGGGGACCCCAGACCCCCAACGUCUGCAAGAAGCGCGCCCUGCUGGAGAAGGAGGGCGUGCUCUUUGACGCCAGGGGGAAGCUGGUGGACGAGAGCCAGUGCCUUGGCGCUGAGGAGCUGGGCCGCGCCUGCCGCGCCGCGGGCUGUGAGGCCUGA